UCAACCCCUUUUCUUUAUUCUCUGCAUGGAUGUAAUGUUAAAGUAUUUUACCCCCCACCCCCACCCCACCCUUGGUUCUGACACUGCCUACACACUUCACACAUCUCUAAAGAUUUCCUCUUUUAUUUCUUCCUUUCACAGUUUCCACCCAAUUCCUUCUAAUUCUGUCCAUCUUCCCUGAAUUCCACAAGAUUUCACCAGUUUGAGUUGUUGACUCUUACAGAGCUGCGUCUUCAUACCUUGGACUAACUAUUCUGGGAAGUGAAAGAAUUUUUCAACCCUGGAAUGAUUUGAUGGGGGCGUCAAACUCUAAACUAGAUGAAGAUAAAGCCUUGCAGCUUUGUCGUGAGCGGAAGAAGUUUGUUAGGCAAGCUCUUGAUGGCCGGUGUAAUCUAGCAGCGAGUCAUAUUGCUUAUAUCGAGACUCUAAAAUUUACGGGAACUGCUUUAAGGAAAUUUGUUGAACCUGAGGCUCCAUUUGAAUCUUCAAUCUACACUUCAACUAGUGCAACACCUGAGCCACUUGCAUUAACUGAAAAGUCUCUUUCCCAGUUUUCAUUCUCUUCUCCAUUCUCACGUCAUGUAGAUGCAACUGAGAAUGUCCUGCCAUCUCCUUCACCUCCAACCUCAAGUCGAUACCAUGUGAAUCACAUGAAAUUUAGAGGUACAUUUUCUAGGAAAGUUGAAGAGAAACCUCCGGUUCCAGUUACUGUUUCAGUUACUUCAAGUACACCGCAGAACUCCACACCUCGUUCCAUAGAGAGGCCUGAAGCAUCACCUUUUGAAACCCCUCCUUUCCCUUCUGAAACUUCACCUUGGGACUAUUUUGGUCUUGGUCAUUCUCUUGAUAAUCAUUUUACUUCACAAGAUGGAAAGAUAGAGAAUGGAAAUGACACCAGACAUCUCGGAUAUGUGGAUAGAGUUCCUGCAUCAGAAGAUGAAGAUGAACGGUAUUCUUCACCAGGAAGGGAUGAUGGGUCACAGGUCUCAGAUGAUGAAUUUGAUGAACCUUCCGCAGAAACGCUGGUCCGAAGUUUUGAAAAUGUCAAUAGAACAGCUGAUCAUGCUACUAGCAAUAGUGUCUCACCUGACAUAACCUCUGUGAGAAGGGUAGUUUCAGAAGCCAAGUCUCUGAAUGGGGAGAAAAGCAAGUCACCUGAUUUGUCCCCACUAAGAGAUGCACCCUCAGGACCCGCUGUUGAUAAUGACAUGAAGACACCAGUAAAAGAAAAUGAUAUUGAGAAUAAGAUUGCACCCAAGGACUUCUUUUUGAGCAUAAAAGAUAUUGAGUAUCUCUUCGUAAAAGCAUCUGAAUCAGGAAGAGAAGUUCCACGCAUGCUGGAGGCUAACAAAUUUCAUUUCCGUCCAAUUUUUCCUGGGAAAGAAAGUGGGUCAAUGACCAGAAUAUUAAUAAGAUCUUGUUUCUCUUGCGGGGACGAUCCAAGCCAGGUUCCUGAAGAGCCUGCCCAAACUUCUGUGAAGUACCUGACAUGGCAUCGCACCACAUCAUCUCAUGCUUCCUCCCCUAAUCGGCUUGGUGUAAACUCAGCAGAUGAUAUUGAGGAUGUUACCAACAAUCUCUUUGAUAAUUUCUGUAUGGUCUCAGGAAGUCAUGCCUCUACAUUAGAUCGGCUGUUUGCAUGGGAGAAGAAGCUAUAUGAUGAACUCAAGGCUUGUGAGAUGAUCCGAAGUGUUUAUGAUGCUAAGCGUAAGCUUCUGCGACAACUAGAAUCUAAGGUAGAAAGUCCACAGAGGAUAGACAAGACACGUGCUGGUGUGAAGGAUCUUCACUCGAGAAUUGGAGUUGCAAUUCAUAGAAUUAAUUCCAUCUCAAGGAAAAUUGAGGAAAUAAGAGACAAGGAGCUUCAACCUCAACUGGAGGAGUUGAUUGAGGGAUUGAGGAAGAUGUGGGAAAUGAUGCUCGACAGCCACAAGCUUCAGCUCCAUAUCAUAUCAAUAGCUCAUUCCCCUGGAAAUAUGAAGAUCCUUAUUCACUCAGAUACUCGUCGGCAGAUCGCCAUCCAUCUUCAAAAUCAAUUGAGUUCUCUAUCUUCAAGUUUUACAAAGUGGAUUGUCGCUCAGAAGGCAUACGUGGAUGCUAUAAAUAAGUGGCUCCACAAGUGUGUCUCCCUCCGCCAGCAAUCAUCCAGGAGAAAUAAAAGAAGGUUGCAACCUCCGCCACUCAGAAACUAUGGCCCGCCUAUUUAUACCACCUGUUCUGUCUGGUUGGAGAUGUUUGAUUCUUUACCCACUAAAGAAGUUUCGGAUGCUAUGAAGGGCUUGGCCGCUGAAAUUUCUCACUUCCUACCGCGGCAAGAGAAGAACCAAGGGAAGGGUACAAAUCAUCAUCCUCAUGGAAGUGAUCCAGCUCUUACCCCACUGAGAGAUGAUUCUCCUGAGGACUGGAUAACCGGCUUUGAUCGUUUUCGUACAAGCUUGGCUUUUUUUCUUGGGCAGUUAAACAACUUUUCUGAGUCUUCUCUGAAAAUGUUUACUGAUCUCCAAAAGGCCAUCCAAGAAGCCAAGCAUAGUUAUGCACUGCGAAUGAAUUCCCAAUCAUAAAAUGGUCUUCUGAGAAACAAAUAAGUUGCAAAAUGUGAAGCAGCAGCAGAUACUGAAAGGCAGGCUGAAACUCUGAAAAGAUACCAGUGAAUAUAGCAAAGCAAGGAGUAUUUAUUCUGUCAUUUGUACAGGGAGGUAAACAAAAGGGAAUAAUUCUUGGAGCAUCAAUAUAUUUUUGUUGAAUCUUGAAAUAAAAAAAAUCCCUAUAUAGUGGCUGUAUAUGCAUAUUUUGAAAUGGGGCAAUGGGAAGGUAAGGAGUUUAGAGUAGUCAUGAAGAGAGCUGUUUAUAGGAUAGCAAAACAUGUACAUUACUUUGAUGAACUCAGUUACAGUUUCAUUAAAUAUUUUCCAGUUCCAUGUUUGUUUCUAUUUUAUGGAGCUUUCCCAA